AUUGCCCCCUGCGGUUCCUUUUAUGUUGGCUGGGUGAUGGGAGGCCAACUCACCUGAUUCCGUGCUUGUUUUACGGAGGACACUGAAAAUCAAUUGAUCGGCAGAAGACCCUGGUCCAGGAAGGGUUUGCAUGAUUCGCCUCCUCCCGCCAAAGGCUUUCAGUCUAAAGUGUGAUAGAGAUGUGCCAAUGUGCUUGAGCGUGCAUCUCGUUGGCGCUUAACGGACGAGGGUGGCGAUCAUUGGCCAGCAGACCAACCCUACUCGGCCGCUCUUCUUCGCGAUCGAUUGAUGCAGUCAGUGAACCAAAGACUAUAUAGCCGCCCAACUCUCCCCUGGUCGUCGAACCCUUUCUAUUUUUCGGUCCACUGCUUGUUUGAGGUUUUGUUUAGUCUCCCUUUCAGUUCUAUUUUCGUCUUCUAGUGGUUCGUUUGGCUGGUCCAGACGAGUGCUAUUUUUUGAGUCUUCCUAUUUUUGGAUCUGCCUUACGUCACUAAUAGUAUCAGUUACACGCCCUGCGUCUAAGAAACCUUCGUUGACCGAAGUGAAUCAUUAGCGCUCUUAAUAUCUUUCCCCAAUACUUUAAAUCUCCUUCGUUCCCCCCCAAAGCUGUGUCCAACCUCCACCUCCACCAUGAUCCCCACUGCUCGUGCUGCCGCAAGACCCAAGUUGAGCUUGAGCAUUUCUGCUGCGCAGAAUACCUCUCGGCCUACAUUGUCGCUCAAGUCCCCGGGCCCUCUCCCCCGGACUCCGAUCUCCCCAUCUGCUGCCAGUCCAAGUUCGGCCCGGUUCUCAUCCCUUCAAGUCCCGAGUUAUGGCUACGUCAACUCGUGUUCCUCAAAGAGUAUUCUCAAGAAGCAAUCGACAGCGGUCGCAGCGGGCAACGUCAACAAACGCAUCCAAUUUAAAGGUACACCGACUGUCCACUGCGUGACGCCCAUUGAGAAUCCGGAGGAAUACUACGGCACGCACACCAAGAUGUCGCGCGAAGAACGACGUUGGCUGGUGCGCGAAUGAGCGAUCGCCGGUAGAACUCGCUGAACAACAACUACACAGACGAAACGAAAGGACUACUCUGAGUUCGGGGCCUCGUCGUCCGUUGGGUCCAUUCCCCGCGACCGGCAGCAGAGCCUGUGGAGGACCGUCGGCGCAGAGCGUCGGACGUCCAGAACGAACGCCAAGGAGAGGAACGUCCCUAUCGGAAAGGAGGGCAAGCUGUCAAUGUAUAUAUGAUCCUAUUAUGUUUAUGAUGUGACGAUAAGAUCCAUACCCAGCAUAGCAUGAGUGAGCAUUAGCCUGGAGAAAUCCAAUUACAGUCGUUACGCUCCAUCAGUU